AUGACGCGCACAGCCCUACGUCAACCGGCUGCGCGCCUCGGCCGAAGUCUGCUCCCAAGCUCCUCCCCAUCACAAACUCAACGCGCCUCGACACAACCAUCCGCGCCCUCACCACGCCUUCCUGGUGCGGCCGCGCAGCAGCGCCGAUGGCACAGCGACUUCUCCUCGGUCAACCCCAACGAGGUCGCGCACUUUACCGCCCUCGCCGCCGACUGGUGGUCGCCGCACGGCUCUUCACGGCUGCUGCACCUCAUGAACCCGCUCCGCCACGACUUUAUCCGCGUCUGCCUAGCCAGUACCGACGAGCCACCACCCUCGGCGACGACAACAGAGGAUAAGAAGCUCCGAUAUCUCGACAUUGGCUGCGGCGGCGGCAUCUUUGCCGAGAGCGCCGCCCGCCUGCCCACGACCGCCCACGUCACCGCUAUUGACCCUACGCCGUCCGUCCUCGCCGUCGCCCGCGCCCACGCCAAGCGCGACCCGGCCCUGCGCGGCAAGCUCGAGUACCGGCAGACGUCGAUCGAGGGCCUCGAAGUGCCCGAGCGUCCCUACGACGUCGUCUCGCUGUUCGAGGUCAUUGAGCACGUUGACGACCCGGGCGCGUUCCUCGAUCGCGUCCGGCCGUUUGUCCGCCCGGGCGGCUGGCUCGUCAUGAGCACCAUUGCGCGCACCUGGGUCAGCUGGUUCACGACCAACCUCAUCGCCGAGGACAUACUGCGCAUCGUCCCGCCCGGCACGCACGACUGGAACAAGUACAUCAAUGAGGACGAGCUGCGCGGCUUCCUGGCUGGCAAGGGCUGGGGCGCCCCCAAGGUCAUGGGCGUCGUCUACGUGCCGGGCUUGGGGUGGAAGGAGGUCCGGGGCAGUGAAAAGGUGGGCAACUACUUUUUUGCUGUAAGGCGAGACGAGGAAUAA